AUGAGCGCGCGGCUUGGUAAGAGGCCGCCAGAGCCUCGAUCUCGCGGCACCAGCCCUCCCAACAAACGAAGCCGUCUGCCAGAAUCGCGACCGGCCCGACAGGACAAUGCCCACCCGCUGCGCAAAUCGCUCACCCCAUCCACUCAUGACACCGGCCCAGUGCCCGCACAGAAUAUUCGCCUCAUGUCUCCCACCAGUAUAGGCAGUGGCAGGUCGACGCCUACACAUCAGAGUGCUCCGCCCGCCCCUUCUACGCGUCCGGUCGAGUCAAGCCAGCAUGCAACUGAAAGCACCCGCGAUGGUCCCCGCACUAGCAUGCAAUCACUGCGACACCUCAGAGACAGACGAAGAGCCAUAGCCAAUAAGGCACAGUCCAACCCGAGCGAGAAACCAGCUGCAACAACGACCUUGCUUGAUUCGAAACUCAAAGCCCAGCAACUAGACAUAUGUCAGCUGAAGAAAGAGCGAGAUGAACUCAGCGACAGGUUAAAGAAGAUGGAAGAUUGCUAUGAACGGCUCAACCGCAGGGGAAAUGAACCAAAGCAAGACUUUUCGGAAUACCUCCAACCGAUACUCUCUCGCCUAAAUGCGCUUGAAAAAUCCUCGCUGGAAUUGCAGGAAAAGAGCAGGCUAAAUCCUGUGCAAGAUCGACUAUCUGCAAUAGAAGCAGCGCUACUUGACAUGCUGCAAGACAUAGAUCGAAUUGGCCAAAGUCAGUCUACGACGGGAAGCGAAGCUCUAGUAAAGAUGUCAGCAUUAGAGAACGACAUUGCUGUGUUGAAUAAGUGGAGAUUAUCACAGCCCAAGGCCAUCACUGAGGAUAUGAUAAGAAAAUUUGCUACAGAAGAGAUUGGAAAGACGGAAGAUGUCAGAGCGGUAAUACGCAGAGAGAUUACCGAGGCAGAGGAACGACUAGAUCAACGCAUUGCGACUUUACAGCAGCCUCUCCACGACGCUUGGGACGGGCCCAAGGAUAUGGAGAGCGCAACGGCGACCAUCAGAGAAGAGGAUCUGCGUACCGUCGCCGGUUUGAGAGCGCUUGAGGACCAGAUCAAGGAUAUACAGACUAACCUUGGUGCGCUCUCUGACGAUCUUAAUGAAACUGAUCAAAAGGUUCACGAACAUUCUACCGUUAUCGGUGUCAUACAAAAUCAAGUCCCCGAGCUUUUCCGGCAGCAGUUUGUCCCAUUCAAGUCAGCGGCCGAAGAGCGGUUACAGACUAUCAACAACAAGCUAGACACGCAUGCAGAUGAGAUUGCAAUUUUAAGAUGGCAUACGAAGCAGCUACAAGCAAAAUCACAACCGGACAGCCUCGGCCAUAAGGGCCAAUCUCAACUCGAUUCGCUCGCUGCAGAUGCAGCCACCCUCAAGGCAAACAUGGCUGCUCUCCAAUCAGAGACCGCAGCAAAAAUUCACGCAAUUUCAGAAAAAGCAGCCGACGCACAAACCAUGGAAAAGCAAGUGGACAGCAUCAUGUUUGCAUUGAGAGAUCUAGAACACCGUUACCAAAACAUCAGUACCGACGAGAUCCACCAAAAAAUGGUCCAUUGGUUCACGCAGACGUAUCCGACGAGUGAAGCUUUAGUGAAAGACACAGCACAAAUUCAACGGGACAUCACCGCUCUCAAGAAAUUCUGCAAUCGAAUUUCAUGGGUUCCAAGCCGCACGGAAAGUCUGAACGAACUGUGUCAGCAUGCUAAACAGCUCAAAACACUUGCAAUCAGCGCCUUGGACUUGCAGCAGCUCGCCCAAAUUUCUACAAAACUGCAGCUUGUUGUCCAAUCGUCAUCCCAGGAAAUACAGGUUCAGGUUCAGUGCGCCUUGCUCAACGCGAAAAUGGCAAUGACCAAGGCUCAGGACAUUAGUGGCAAGUUGGACGAAAACUAUAGAGUGCUCCACGCGCUCCAAAACACCGUCUCCGAAAAUCUGAAUUUGCAUCAGUCUUCUUUUGCCAAAGCCGAUGCGCUCAUCGCGCUGCAAAAUAGAACUAAGGAUUUGGAGAGCCAUAUCCGCGAAAUACAAGCAGAGAGAUUAGCGGGUGUACAAGAGCUGCGCACAAUUUUGAGCACACACCAUGAGAAGCGUGUCGAGAUUGAGCAACGAAUCAAGAACGACAUCCACGAGCUCAAGGCGUUGAGAAGCUCGCUCGUGCCUCAGGUGUCUCGGAUCGCUGAGCAGGUGGAUGAUGUUCAGGUGGCAGCAUAUGAGCAUCGGCAGGAUUUCGACUCAAUCAAGAAUACACUCAUCGAGCCAAACCGCGACUUUUUUGGUUUAUUUGGCACAAUCCUCACCGUCUUGGCACAACUUCAACAAGCUGUUGAGGGCAUGAACCAGAACCUAUCUGUCGCUCCGCUAAAGCUGGACUGGCAGUACUAUCUUCCGGCACUUGUCGAGCCGCCUGGGGAAAACGCUGGGUCCUGUAGCGGGAAUGGAGCGGACAAGGACAAGCAGUAA